AUGGAGUUGGAGGCACAAUCAGUUGGAGAGCUUGCUAUAGAUUAUAUCAAUGUUUACACAACACCUUCUUUAGGGGGAACAUUUCUGGGCACGGAGCCAGCCCGACACUAUCGCCGCAAGAUUAAGCAACUUGGAUUGAAUGAGAAAUCUGAUGAUCAAUAUGAACUUAUCAAACGGCGAUCUUGGCCUCCGAAGCACGUUCGAGGUACACCCGGAGGCGCCAUCUCUACAAACAACGAGAAUGGUGCAGAACACGUCUUAACCCCAGCCCCGUUCCCUAUAGGGUUGGUGCCUAAUAUCCAUGAACGGACAUGUCCAGAAACGACGGGAUCCUCGGCAAUUCCGACAUCAGCAGCUACACACAUGACGCGACCUGCCACCAAUGCACUUCAUCGAAGUUUGACAGGGCUCACCAUGUCAACUCAACCUCCUGAAUACAGCUAA